AUGCCCAACACGUUACAUAGUCCACAAGACGGUGUAACCGGAAACGGUAGUUCCUCAACCGUUACCAGCCCCGAUGCCGGAUUCAUCGCACCGCCGGUGAUGAUCAACAUACCUGGUGCACACGACGCCGCAACCAGAGUGCAGGAUCCAGAGGUGCAGACGAUGAACGCCUUGCGACUCAAGCCACCGGAGUUAAGUACAGCCGACAUCCAUACCUUUUUCUUCGCCCUGGAGAAUUGGUUCGAGGUGUUGAACAUUCCCCCCCGCAGUGACGCCAAGCGGUUCAACAUUCUAAAAACGCAAAUCCCGACCAGCAUCCUUCCCGAAGUGCGACAUUUUCUUGAAAAUGUCCCCAGUACCGACCGUUACGAAGCUGCCAAGCGGUCUUUAAUUCAGCACUUCGAGGAAUCGCAGCGAAACCGCCUACAUCGUUUGCUGUCGGAGAUGCACCUCGGCGACCGCCGUCCCUCGCAACUGUUGGCCGAGAUGCGACGAACGGCAAACGGAGCCCUAACGGACCUGGCACUAGUGGAUUUGUGGAUCAGCCGGCUACCGCCGUAUGUACAAUCAGCUGUUCUUGCCGCCGCGAAGGAUGUCGACGAAAAGGUGAAAGUCGCUGACGCCGUGAUGGACUCCUUCGCUCUUUACCAUCGAACCGGAUCCUAUCCAAAUGUAUCGGAGGUGAAAAACGACAAGGUUGAACAACUCUCUCGCAAGGUGGACCAGCUAAGCGAGCAGUUGGAGGAAGUGCUGCGACAGAUCAACCAUCGGGAACACUCUCGACCGCGAUCCCGGUCUCGACCACAUAGCAGGGCCAACUCACCAGCACCGGGAUCCAACUCCACUUGGUGCUAUUACCACCGGACAUAUGGAUCGAAGGCGCGCAGCUGCCAGGCUCCCUGCUCCUUCCACGACCGUCGAUAUGGAGCUAAACCAUCUCCUUCUUCAUCCUGA